GAUUAGUCAGGGGCAGCCGGUUGUACAGAAGGGUCCACAUUGUAGGCGCUAGUCAUGUCUUAGCAGGCCUGUGCUUGUCUUUCAGCCUGACAUGGGACAGACCGCUCACUCGGUAGGGAUCACACAGCACAGAUGACAGCGUCCUCUUGGAGCCUGGAAACCCCCAGAUGGCUCUAACACAAGGACAGCACCACACUGCUAAAAAGGAGAGGAUCAAUAAGGAAACUGGCGAGCUGAGUGCUUCAGGAGAGUUAUCUGUCUCGUUGGAGCUGAAGUCGGACAAAGUGGAGGGCUCCUGCAGAGACCCUCAUCUCCCACAAGUGCUGAGAGAACAGCUGCAGGAGCUGGGGAUUCACACGUGCUCGAGCCCGGACCUCAGAACGGACCCUGUUGCUUCAGAGCAGAGAGAGGAGCAUCUCAUCAAGGUCCUUCCUCUUUACAUACAGGUCUGUGAGGAGGGAGGCAGACUUGAUGGUCUGAACAUAAAGGGGCUCGCAGGUCUGACUGCAGACACUGUUAUCCAGAACAUCCACAGCAGAGUAACAGGAAGGCCUGCAGAGGGAGCUCGGGGUGAGGUGGUGCAGUUCUUCCAGAGGCAGGACACUCAGGACACAAAUUGUGAGGCAAAAGAUAAUCAGGGAUGGCUGCUGUUAAAGUCUCUGCUGCUGCUGACAGCUGACAGCUCAGAAAUACUGUCCUGUAUAAACCCAGGGCUCCCUGCUGCUUUGGUGAAAUGCCUGUACCUGUUAGUAUGUCUUCCCUCUGUGAAGGAGAACCUCGCCAUAGAAGAGACCUUUCAGGAGCCUCUCACACAGGUUCUGCUCCAGCUCUGUAGGCAGCCUGUAAACGUGGAGAGACUGGUGGAAUCUCAGGAGCUGCAGUGUCUCAUCAUCGGCCUCACAUCGCUAUGGGACCAGACCAGCUCGGACUGGAGGCGUCAGGCCUCCCGUGUCCUCAAGGCAGUCUCUGCUGUAGCAACGAGCAACACUGUCCCAUGCUUGCAGGGGAAGAAUUGUGUUCGUAUCUGCAUCCAGAACCUGGUGCACAUCAGUCCUGAUGUCUCGGGGUCGCUGCUUGCUGAGGUGGCUGUGGCUGUUUUCAGCUUCAUCAGAGACACCUACACCCUUAAUCCAGCCCUCUUCAUAGAGUUUGACACCAACAAUGGAUACAAGGCCCUUGAGAACAUCCUCAAACGGUGUGAGGAAGGAGUUUCUGUGGAUCAGUUCCAGCCUGUGGAGGAGUUGCUGGCGCUCAUUGCUUCUUUCACGCACUUUGGAAAAACGGAGCUGAGAGUGGCUCUUUGUGUCACCAACCCUCAACCUCCAGGCUUUAAGUUUGACCCCUCUCUCACCAAAGGUUCAGCGGUAAAGAACCUGCAGGCCUUCCACCUGCUGCAGGCCCCCUUGCUGCGCUGUGAGGAUUCUCUGCUGUGCUGCCAGCUUCUUCGAACUGUGCAAACGAUAUGGGAGAGCGACCCCGCCAAUUUCUUCCUUCUGGAGUGGACGGUUCAGUCGAUGGCUCAGCUGGCUGCCUGUCUGUGGCGUAAACCAGCGGCCGUCCAAAAACUGUUCUUUUCGCUCCUUGAGAUGGUGGUAUUUAAGUUGAACUACAUCCCCCAUGAGACCUUGUGGGCUCUUCUUGUUGUGCUGAAGCAGAGCUGGGCCGGGACGCUGGCUGGAGGAGUGGAAGGGCUGGAGUUCGGAGUGGCGGCUCUCACAUGUUUUCACCGGCUGACAGUGCACAGUGGUAUGCUAGCUGAGGUGCUAAGUGACCGGGGCCUGCUGGAGCUGCUGCUCGGGGAACUUCGAAGGAGAGCUAAAAUCAUCAGGAAGGCUGGAGUUGUUUCUUCCUCUCAAAUAAACCCUCAGCAGCUGCCUUCUGUGGAAGACACUGAAAAACAGCUCACAGCCUGUAUGCUUCAAGUUGUGUCAACGCUUACUUUGCGUUCGAUCAAAAACACAGUUUCAGUGCGAGACCUCGGUAUGGUGCCCUACAUAAAGAUCUUCCUGGACGAGGAUCAGUAUCGAGGGCCCACUCUGAGCAUUUUGGAGCAGCUCGCUGAGAUUAACCCCGAGGAGUUCAUGAGCACAGCCGUAGGAGCACUCUGCUCCUCCACACAGCAGGAACUUGGGUUGAAGCGGGACCUUUUGCAGUCCGUGUUGAAGGUGCUGGAAAACCCAAACAGCUGGGACGCCUUCAGAAGAGCGGGAGGCUUCACUGGACUGUUAUCUCUGGUGAUCGACAUGGAGGGAGCUCUGUCUCACCCCCCUCAGGGAGAAGUGUGGCAGUCCCUGGGGCAUCAACCUCUGCUGGACCUCCUUCUCCUCACUCUCCACAUCCUGGCCUCCGCUGUGCAUCUUCACAUAGUAAAUUCUCACCAUUUUGAGACUGGGGGCUUUUUUGAAAGGUUGGCAGAGGCUCUACUCCAGCUGGGCUGCUUCCACACUGACAGCCCUGAGAAAGAGACUUUUGAUGGAGAAGAGAAGGCCACAGAGGGAAACCAGUCUCCUGUAAAAAACUUCUACCAGUUUGUGGAGUUAUCGGAGGCCCCUGAAGCUCCCUCCUCUCCCUCCACAACACCUCAGCCCAGUCUGCCUCUCACUCUUCGAACAUGUGUAAGGCUGCUGUCCUACCUCGACCAGUUCGCCACCGGGACAUACUCUCCUCGGGAGUUAUACUUGGGACUACAAACUGAGGAUGGAUGUGAUGGAGAUAAAGACACAUUGAAUUCACCAGCCGGACGUGAAGGGGUGCACUCAGGGUCCCCUCCGGUCCACUUAGGAUCCAAGGAGGACACACCGGGAAGAUCCAGAUCCACUGCACCCAGUAUUUCCACAGUCUGCACAGAGUCCCAGUACAGGUUAACCUGCGAUCACACUAUCCUUCAUCCUGGAGCAGUCAGAGUUAUUAUGACUCUCCUUCCUUCAGUGUUUACACCUGAGGACCCACAGCUUUCUAUGGAGGUCCAAUUGUCAGUGGUGCACCACAUCCAGGACAUGGUCAAAUCUGAGCAAAACCGCCAGAUAAUGUGUGAGGGCGGUCUGGUCUCCACCCUCCUGGCUCACUGUCAGAGCAUGUUGCUGAAUCCACACCACCCGUUACACCUGCCUCUUACUCGUGUCUUUGAGAAGCUCUCCUCCCAGGCCAUCUCACAUCCUGACUUCAGGAAGUUCCUGUGUUUAGGGGAGCCCCUCAUGUGCUCGGCAGAGAAAUCAGCCGCGCAAAGGCAACAAGACUGUCAACAAUCAGUCAAAGCUCCUGUUUCAAACGGUCACAGCUCAGAGACAGAUUCCUCUUUAGCAUCUCCAGUGAAGACCCUGAAGCGGACGUUCAGCUUGUUGAAGUCACCAUCUCACAGUGACUCGUCAGCAAUCCCUGCCCACCAGAUCGUCAGCCUGGUGUCGAUGACGUCCCCACGCACCUUCAGACCCCACCGAGUCUCCUCCUCACCGGCCUUUGUAGAGUUUGACAUGAGUGAGAGCGGAUACGGCUGCCUCUUCCUGCCCUCUCUGGCCACGGUGAAAGGAGUGACUGCAGAUUCAAUCUCAACAGGUGGAAUUGGAGGAGACUGCCGGGGUUUCCCUCCCGCAGCUGGUCUCACCUUUUCCUGCUGGUUCCAGAUCAACAGGUUCAGCUCUGCGUGUGACUCCCACCCGAUCCGUCUGCUGUCGGUGGUCCGCCACAUGUCCCGGACGGAGCAGCAGUACGUCUGUCUGUCUGUCUCCUUCUCAGCCUACGAUGGCUGUCUGGUCAUUUCCACAGAGGAGGAAACAUUUACAUACCUGGAUAUGAUGGAGCCAGAGGUUUGCACACUCACCUCUCUGCCCACAUCUCUGAGGUUUCGCUGCUCCAGCAUGCUGGUCCCAGGUCAGUGGCACCACCUGACCGUGGUCAUGGCCAAGGAGGUGAAGAAGAACUGCCUGGUUACAGCCUACUUAAACGGCAAAGCAGUGGGAACAGGAAAGAUGAGGUAUAUUCAGCCGUUCCCUGGUCAGUACGCCUCCAUGGACCCCACAGCAGUGAUCGAUGUGUACGGACUGAUAGGGACACCAGCUCUCUGGAAGGAGCAUGCCGCUCUGGUGUGGAGGGUGGGUCCUUCUUACCUGCUUGAAGAGACUCUGGGCCCUGACGCUGUGCGUGUCAUUUACACUCAAGGCACCACCUACCUGGGAAACUUUCUGGGUCUGCGCAACACAAGUAAUGAUCCAGAUGCCGAGUCGCUCCCUCUCAGGCUGGUUCCUGAGGAGAGGAUUUCAUUUGGAAUCAAUCCAGCGAUUUCUACGCUCACAACAGUCGCUCAGAUCAGAGAGGACUACAAUGAGGUGGACUGCAGGCUGAUUGCUAAAGAGAUGGGGAUACCUUCCCGCGAUCAGUCCACACCUGUGUUCCUCGCUCGAAACAUCAGUCAGCACCUCAGUGGUACAGCUCGCACAAUAGGAGCAGCUCUGGUUGGACAUUAUGGUGUGCGUACAUUCACUCCCAGCAGUGCAUCCAAUGGUUUCCUGUAUGUUGGUGGGCCUGCAGUUAUUCUCAGUCUGGUUGCAAUGGCACCAAACAACAGCUCUCUGUAUGCAGCGGUUAAAGUUCUUAUUUCUGUGCUGGAGACCAACUCUGCCAUGCAGCAGGAAAUGAACCGCAUCAAUGGAUACAAGCUGCUUGCUUUUCUACUGAAGAUGAAGAGCAGUCUCAUCAGCCACAGAACCUUUCAGCUGGUUCUGUAUCUGUCCAGUUCAGUUGAGCUGAUCUCGUCAGGUUGCCUGCAGAACACGCCUGCUUUCCAGGCCCUACUCUGUGACCUGGAGGUGUGGCGGAAGACCUCAGACAAUCUGGACAUCUCAGUUCUGAACCACUUUGCUGAAAUCCUCAAAUCCUCGAGUGACAGCACAAAUGCAGCAGUCAUUCAAAGCGGAGGUCUGUUACCGAAGCUACUGUUCAAGCUUUCUGAUCCUGCUGUGACUGUCAAGAAGGUUAAGAUCAUUUCAUGUGUCAUCACAUCGCUGGUGAAAUCUCACUUUGCUCCGCUGGACAUCAGCAGGCUCGGGCUCUUCCUAGUCUACACGCUCCCGCCUCUAAGUAACAUCGGUGAAGGUGACCAGCUGUCUGAAGGUAGUCUUCCACAGGACACAUCAGCUCAGAGCUCUGAUCCAGCCGGUCUCAUCUGGAUCCGCAACCAGAUGUUACUCUCUCUUUGUGAGAUCCUCCACUCAGACGGCCUGACCAAAGAUCAGCAGAAGGUUUUAUUUGACACUCUGGGCAGCGAUUGGUUCCUGCUCUUCCUUCAGCCACACCUUCACCCGUCCACCUUGAAGCUCGGUCUCGUCCUGCUCACUCACUUUCUGUGGAGUCCCGGCCAGCAGAGCGCCUUCAGAGAGGGGAUCCUCCCAGCAACGCUCAUAGAGAGCAUGCAGGAGCCCUUUGCUGUCAUGGACAACCUGCGAGCCAAUUCCUGGUCUCACGAGUGCUCGAGCACCUCGUGUCCCGGCUUCGAUGUUCUUCAGGGGCUGCUGAUCAGACACUCUCACCUGCCUCAGGUGUAUGAAGCCUUAGCUGCUCUGCUGCUGGGGAGGAAGGCCAGUCACACUGCAGAGGGAAACGUGCCUUUGGAUGAUGCUCUGCAGUCUCUUGUUGAUAGCCAAGCAGAAAACCCCGCUCCGCAGCUCUGUGUCGAAGCUGUGACAAUUCUGCUAGAAUUAGUCAAAGUCAUCAUCACACAGCCUGUUCCUGCUAAAAAUGACAUGCCAGGCACUGAUGCAUCAUGGGAGUCGCAGCUCCCAGCAAGCAUGAUGCAAUUCCUUUGUUUGCUCCACAAACUUCGACCAAGAGACCCGCUGUGGGCAUCACCAGAGUUCCUCCAUACACUAGCAGGAGUUGUGUAUCCUUUGGAUGGUUCAGAGGGGGAUCCUUUGGUUGAGCCUUGUGUCAUGAGUGAAGGUGGAGACACAUGUACGAGUCAUCCAAACAGAAAGCCAGUGUGCGACUUCAUCCGCAUUCUGCUAAUGGACAGUCUGCUAAACUUGUCUGCUAACACCAACGCACAUCCUCUGCUUGUGCUGCUGGAGUUUUCCCCUGAUGAUGCAUCGAUUGAACAGAGGCAGAGUUUCCAAACGGAGCUGCUGGAGGUCGUCAUGGACAUCAUCCGCAUGCUCAGCCACGAGGAAGAAAACAACACUCAUCUCAGCUCGCAUGAUUGCAAGAGUCAGACGCCUGAAGGACAGAUGAGCACGUUAAUGGAGAACGUGGUGUUCUUCAGUAGAACUCUGCUGCAGAAACUUUACUGCGGAUCAUUUGUGGGUGACCCGGAGAGUUUGCUCAACUUCCUCUCAGAUCAGAUCGGGGUGGCUCUGGAGAAAGGCCGAAGUCAGAAAGAGAAGACACUGUCAGCUCUCUACUCCUGCACCAACAAAGUCCUGCUUUAUUUCUUGUCCCAACCCCGAAAAUGCCAAGAAGAAAAGGAAGUGAUCAUCAGGGCGCUGCAGACAUUCAUGGAACGCUGGGACGUUGUCAUGGCAACCUACAAUUCCAAUGUGAACUUCAUCAUGUGCCUUCUGCGUUGUCUGUUAUUGAUACGAUCUGGCAGCUACCCUGAAGGUUUUGGAUUGGUGGCACAAAAGGUGCACAACAGGAAAACGUAUUCCCACCUGUUUGGUGCCAAAACCAGACUUUCUGCACGCGUCAGCAACGGAGCAGACUUAACCACAGAUGACAGAGAACUGGUGUCCUUAGUGGAGGCCUGCUGGUCAAAGAUCAUGACGGAGAGACAACACACACUGGAGGAGAGCUAUAAGAUAGAGAUCUCAGCGGGCCACACGGUGCAGACAGGGCCUGUCAGCAUGACUGAAAUAAGUCCUCUGUGGGAGGAGACGGCACACAAAGCCUGGCUGCUACACACAGAGUCUCAGAAGAAAAGGCUGGCGAGCGGCUCUCAGACAAAGUUUGAUGUGAUCAGUAGCGCUGUCCGCUUAGUUUUGGGCAAACCGGACAAAGAGUCAGUCACAGCAGAGGAGUUUCUGUCGUACAUGGAGUCACAUCGACAACGAGGCCACGGCAUGUUUGAGAAUAUGAGGACAAACCACUCACAGGUGCAAGCCAGUGAGUGGGAGCGAGUGAGCUCAAAGUGGCUGCAUGAAGAGUCCGAGCUGCUGAGGGAGAGAGCUAUAUUCGGACCUGGCCCAGGGGUGCUGCUGAGCCGAGAUUGGGUGCAAGACGCAGCCGAAGGACCCAACAGGACCAGGCUGCGCAUCCGCAGAAAAGCUCUGAGGCGAUCAAAACGGGUGCAAGGAACGCUGUGUCUGAGUUUAAGGACCGGCGUGUCAGAGGAGAACAAAAGCCAAACCGAAGGGGACACAGAGCCCAAGAUCCUGUGUGAAGUUGGAGCAGAGGCAACAGAGGAUGAAGAGGAGAGAGGACAGGAUUGCGACCAUCUGACCUUCUUCCCCGUUCUCAACGAGACUUCUUCUGUCACCGAGGGUCAACCUGAAUCUUUAAUCCAAGAACCGUGCUCUCAGACAUCAGACUGCCCCGGCAUACGCAUCAUCCUGCAGGAGCUGGACCCCGGAGAGGAGGUAAAGGCUAAGAUGUGUGUAGUGAUGGCGAGCGGCCUCAGAGUGACAGAGGGGGUGCUGCUGUUCGGGAAGGAGAGCCUGCUCCUGUGUGAGAGAUUCACUCUCAGUCCUGCUGGAGACAUUUGCUGCAGAGAACACCACCCCAGCAGUGUGAGGGAUUCCUUUAUUUCCAGCAUGCUGAGUAAAGAGCAGCUGACAGCCCGGUGCAGGCACUGGCCCUAUGAGGACAUCAAGGAGGCCCGCUUCAUGCGUUUCCUUUUAGAGGAUAAUGCUAUCGAGGUCUUCAUGAAAACUGGGCAUUCAGCCUUCCUGGUGUUCGUGAAUAGAGACCACGUUUCUGCGUAUAAAAGGUUGUGCAUGGUGGUGCCGGCAUUAAAAGGCAGAGGGGUUGCUGAGGUCAUUGCGAAUGCCAGGAAGACUCCAGUGGUUGAAAAGACGGCCCUUGUUAAAUGGCAGAGAGGGGAAAUAAGUAACUUUGAGUACUUGAUGCACCUGAACACCAUCGCUGGGCGGACGUACAAUGACCUCAUGCAGUACCCGGUCUUCCCCUGGGUCCUCGCUGACUACCGUUCAGAGACUCUCGAUCUGUCAAAUCCUGCAACUUUCCGUGACCUGUCUAAGCCAAUGGGAGCUCAGACGGAGAAACGGAAACAAAAGUUCGUUCAGAGAUAUGAAGAAGUGGAGAACACCGAGUGUGAGGGAGAUAUGUUGGCACGCUGCCACUACUGCACCCACUACUCCUCGGCCAUCAUCGUGGCCUCCUUCCUUGUCAGGAUGGAGCCGUUUUCACACACCUUCAAGACUCUGCAGGGAGGGUUUGAUAUCCCCGAGCGCAUGUUCUACAGCGUGAAGAAGGAGUGGGAGUCGGCCUCCAGAGACAACAUGAGCGACGUCAGAGAGCUGAUCCCGGAGUUCUUCUACCUGCCGGACUUCCUGCUCAACUCCAACCACAUCCAGCUGGGCUGUAUGGAGGACGGUACCCCUCUGGGCGAUGUGGAGCUGCCUCCGUGGGCCAAAGGUGACCCCCAGGAGUUCAUUAGAGUCCAUCGAGAGGCCUUGGAAAGUGACUAUGUGAGUUCCCACCUCCACCUGUGGAUCGACCUGAUUUUCGGGUACCGGCAACAAGGCCCGGCUGCUGUAGAGAGUGUGAACACGUACCAUCCUUACUUCUACGCUCAGAGCGGCAGGAAGGAUGCUCAGGAUCCAAUCAUCAAGAGUACAAUACUGGGAUAUGUCAGCAACUUUGGCCAGGUUCCCAAACAGCUCUUCACCAAGCCACAUCCACCUCGCAGUGGCUCCAAGAAAGACGGAGGAUCCCCACAACAGCCAACUCCAUUUUUCUUCAAACUGGAUAAAAUGAGGACCACAGCGCAGCCGUUCAGAGAGCUGACGAGGGGCCCGGUAGGUCAGAUUCUGUGUGUGGAAAAGGAGGUCGUGGUGCUGGAGAGAAACCGCCUCCUCGUGUCGCAUCAGUUGGGCUGCUACUUCAGCUGGGGCUUCCCUGACAACAGCUGUGCCUUCGGACACUACGCCACAGAGAAGACCUUUGCUGUGUUUGAGAGUUUGUGUUACUGGGGGGAGACGUUGUGUGCCUCCUGUCCCACCCCGACCACCAUCGUCACUGCAGGAACCAGCGGGGUUGUGUGUGUGUGGGACGUAUCCAUCAACAAGGAUAAACUUAACCACAUGAAACUCCGACAGCCGUUAUACGGCCACACAGAUUCAGUGACGUGUCUGGCUGUGUCUGAAGUCCACAGUCUGAUAGUUAGCGGCUCACUUGACCUCACCUGUAUUCUGUGGGAUAUGGAGGAGCUAAGCUACGUCACCCAGCUUGCAGGACACACAAGCAGCAUCUCUGCACUGGCUAUAAAUGAACUGACUGGUGAGAUUGCGUCAUGUGCAGGACCUGUGCUCUACCUGUGGACCAUGAAGGGUCAGCUGUUGACCUGCUUGGACACUUCCUGCGGGCCUCUGCCAGACAUCCUGUGUGUCAGCUUCACUCAGUGGCACGAGUGGGAUGCCAGGAACGUCAUUGUCACGGGCUGUGCAGACGGCAUAAUACGGAUAUGGAAGACGGAGUACACAAGAACACAAUUACCUGGCCCUCCAGAAGCGCCUGUGUCCCCAGGGCAAGACCAAGCAGAGAGAGACGUGAGCAGCUCAUGCCCGGCUAAAGGCUGGGAGAGACAUCUGGUGUUGUGUCAAGAGCUGAACAGAAAUCAGGCUGUGUCGCAACGUCGCUUCAAGAACAAUCCGGCCAUCACAGUUCUGGCCAUGUCCAGGAGCCAUGCUACUCUGUUGGCGGGCGAUGCCUGGGGCCGAGUUUUCACCUGGACCUGUGAGUGAGAAGUGGCAGACACCGAGUACAAUCGUGCUUCCAGACAACAUCUCUUCACACACUUUAUCCUCCCAGAGAGACUCUGACAGAUAAAUCCAUCGGCGCCUCAGGUCUGACACAAGCGGGGCACAGAGACCUGCUGUGUGUCAGAUCAGGUGUGUGUGUGUGUGUGUGUGUGUGUGUGUGUGUGUGUGUGUGUGUGUGUGUGUGUGUGUGUGUGUGCGUGUGUGCGUGUGUGCGUGUGUGUGUGUGUGUGUGUGUAAUCAGAGACAGCUAUGUUACACUUUUUUUUUUUAGGUACAUUCAAGUCUCAGGCAGUAAAUAAUGAUGUACCUCCUACAUAAAUAUUUAAUUCUGUAUUUUUCUUUGUAAAUAAUGAACAAUUAAAAAAAUGUUUUAAAACAA